AUGGAGAAGUAUCGUGGGGCGGAAGAAGAUCGAGCCAGGGCGCUGCAGCGGGUGACGAAGCUGUCCCUCCACCUGGUGGAGCCCGGCGCCGCCGGAGCGGCGGCGGAGCGGCGGCAGGUGGUGGCGGAGCCGUGCGCCAUGGCGUUGAGGGCGCCGGCGGCGGGGAAAUUUGAGGGGCUGACGUCGUACAUGCGAGAGAAGCACUGGGACCUGCAGGAGAAGGUUCUGGAGUUCUUCAACUCCAGGCCGGACCUCCAGACACCUGUGGAGAUAUCCAUGGCGGAGCACCGGGAGCUGUGCAUGCGCCAGCUCCGGGCGCUCGUCCAGGAGGCGAAUAUCCGGCCGUUCCGCCUUAUGUUGGAGGAUCCAGGGAAGUAUUUCGCCGUCACGCGGGCGAUUGGGAGCGUCGACAUGUCACUGGGGAUCAAGAUGGGGGUCCAGUACAGGUUUGAUCGAUAAUCCUCCCCCUCCUUAACCUUCUUCCUUCAUUUUCUGCAAACCUCUUGUGUGCGCUUUGAUCCGUCGAUUGCUGCGAUCUAUUGAGGUGCGAUUGUUGUCUCUGAUUGUUUUCACUGAGAAUUUUCUUCGUUGAUUGCUCCCAAUUGUCCUCGAAUUUCCGUCCCAUGUUUCUUCUUGGUCGGCUGCCUAUUUGCCCCCCUUCUUUGAAUGAAAUUGGGAAAGGAGAGAGGGAUACGAUCGCUCGUUUCAUCCAACCUCUCUGCCUGGGGAUCCGCUUUUCCCCUUGUUUCAUCGCCUGUUCUCUGCCGUUCCCAAUGCCGGUUAGUCCAUAUAUAUGACAGAAAGAUGGUGGAGCGAAUCAUUUCGUGCUCCAGAUCUUCCUCCCAUUAGCUAAUCUGCAAGGUCGCGUUAGAACAGCAAUCGGAAUCCAGUUGAGGAUUUAAUAAGCCUGAUUGAUGUUGGAGCCUUGCCUGACCUUCCAAACCCUAACGUGGCCUGCCCGCCUUCCUCCGUUCCCAUUCGAUGAACCCCCCCGUGGUCGUACCUUCCAAUAGAAUCAAGCGUUCUGGAGUUGUUAUCCUCGCGAAUCUGAUCAAACCGACCUUUCUCGGAGUCGUUAAGGGAAUUUGCGCAGAACCGAGGCCAUUGACCGGGUCCCACCCCCCGCCCAAUACUCACCGGAUAAAGUCCAUCUUGUUCCUACCACAAGUCAAUGGGAAUAGGGUCGGUGUUGCUUGAGAAUGAAGGUAAUUCAACAGGAAUGGGUUCUUCUUACAAGAGAUUCAAUGGACAAAAUCUUCAUUCUCCGCUGAAUCGUUCCAUAAGCAAUUAGAUUUGGAGUCAACGACUGCCUGUGAAGAUGAAGCUUUUGGUAUUCUUUUGGGAACUUGCCGCUGCCGGAAGCGCACGCUUGUGGGAUGAACAAGGAGGGGUAAAACCCUCCUCCUCAGAUGCAUAUUAGGUCAGAGAAAGGAUGACGAGCGCUGCGGUCUCAAGGGGUAGACGUUGACUUGUUGGAACAGCAAGGAGAUGGGAAACAGUUCAUUGAUGUUCCAUUAAUGUGACUGAUGAAACGAUCAAACUGAUUGCCUUCACAUGACUGUUCUUCGAUGUGGUCUUAUCUUUCUAUAUUUGGUAUUUUCCUACUGGUGGUGGUGGUGCUGCCCCUGCUAGAAGCUAACAUAUACCGUUUUUAUUUUUUUUCUCAGCCUCUGGGGAGGUUCGGUGAUUAACCUGGGGACGCAGAAACACAGAGACAGGUUCUUGGACGGGAUCGACAACCUGGACUACCCUGGCUGCUUCGCCAUGACAGAGCUCCACCAUGGUGAGCUCCCCUCCCUCGUCCUCGUCCUGCGACUUGGCCACCUUCGCGAAUUGGUGGUGAUGGCGGUGGGUUUCAACAGGGUCCAACGUGCAAGGGCUCCAGACGACGGCGACCUUCGACCCGGCGGCCGACGAGUUCGUCAUCAACACCCCCAACGACGGCGCCAUCAAGUGGUGGAUCGGCAACGCGGCGCUCCACGGGAAGUUCGCCACCGUCUUCGCCAGGCUGCUCCUCCCCUCCUCCGCCGGGCACGGCGGCCCCGCCGACAUGGGCAUCCACGCCUUCAUCGUCCCCAUCAGGGACCUGGCGACACACCGGUCCCUCCCCGGGGUGGAAAUCCGCGACUGCGGCCAUAAGGUGGGGCUCAACGGCGUGGACAACGGAGCUCUCAAGUUCUCCGGCGUGAGGAUCCCCCGCGACAACCUGCUCAACCGCUUCGGCGACGUCUCCAGCGACGGCAAGUACUCCAGCUCCCUCCCCACCGCUGGCAAGCGCUUCGCCGCUACCCUGGGGGAGCUUGUGGGGGGGCGGGUGGGCCUGGCCUACUCCUCUGUGAACGUCCUCAAGCUCGGCGCCACCAUCGCCGUCAGAUACUCCCUCCUCCGGCAGCAGUUCGGGCCGCCAAACCAGCCCGAAGUCUGCAUCUUGGACUACCAGUCACAGCAGCAGAAGCUCAUGCCCAUGGUGGCCUCCGCCUACGCCUUUCACUUCGCCACCCUCUUCAUGGUGGACAGGUACUCGGAGAUGAAGAAGACCCACGACGAGGAGAUCGUCGCCGACGUCCACGCCCUCUCCGCCGGCCUCAAGUCCUACAUCACCUCCUACACCGCCAAGUCCCUGAGCGUCUGCCGGGAGGCCUGCGGCGGCCAUGGCUACGCCGCCGUCAACCGCUUCGGCUCCCUGAGGAACGACCACGACAUCUUCCAGACCUUCGAGGGCGACAACACCGUCCUCCUCCAGCAGGUGAGUCAGAGCUUCUUCUUCGUCUUCGUGCUUCUUGCUUCUCUAUGCCGCUGAGAUUCGCCGGUUGCUUAUUUCGCCGCCGUUGCAGGUGGCCGGAGACCUCCUGAAGCAGUACCAGGAGAAGUUCAAGGGGACGGCGCUCGCUGUCACCUGGAACUACCUGAGGGACUCCAUGGCCACCUACCUCUCCCAGCCCAACCCCAUCACCUCCCGCUGGGAGGGAGAGGACCAUCUCAGGAACCCUAAGUUCCAGCUUGACGCCUUCAGGGUAAGCACCUCCUCCUCCUCCUCCAUCUCUCUUCUCCUUCUAGGGUUUCUUCUUCUGCUUGAAGCAAGGCCUCUGUCAUCUGCAGUAUCGGACAUCGCGGCUGCUGCAGACUGCCGCCAUGCGCCUGCGCAAGCACAGCAAGACGCUGGGGAGCUUUGGCGCCUGGAACAGAUGCCUCAACCACCUACUGACCCUCGCCGAGUCCCACAUCGAGUCCGUCAUCCUCGAGAAGUUCAUCGAGGCCGUUGACAAGUAAGAAGAAGUACCUCCAUCUCGGAGACGGUCAACUAUCCGUUGACUAUUAUUCAUAUUCAAAACAUCCAUCCCGCCAUUUAUAGCCGUUUAAUCUUUGAUCAUAUGCUUGAAAUUGUUACUAUAAAUAGCGUUUCGUGCUGUUACUUAUUGGAUUAAUUUCGGUGCCACAGCUGCCCGAACCGGAAAACCCGGGAGGUGCUGAAGCUGGUCUGCGACCUGUACGCCCUCGACAGGAUCUGGAACGACAUCGGGACUUACCGGAACGUUGACUACGUCGCCCCCAACAAGGCCAAGGUACACCCCCACCGCCCUCUCUCUCUCUCUCUCUCUCUCUCUUCUCUCUCUCCGUUGACCCACCACCGUCAGCCUCUCUCUCUCUCUCUGUUGACGAAACCCACUGAAACGCAGGCCAUCCAAAAGCUGAGGGACUAUCUCUGCUUCCAAGUGCGGGGCGUCGCCGGCCAGCUCAUCAACGCCUUUGGCAUCCCGCCGGAGGCAACGAGGGCGCCCAUCGCCAUGCAGUCGGACGCCUACUCCAGCUACACCCGCCAGGUGGGCUUCCAGGAGUACAUUCCCGCCGCCGGCGCCGCCGGCCUCUUCGAUUCCGACUAG